GUUAGAUGGAAUAGAAACAGAAACCUAUUAGCGUUUAGGACACACAAUGUCCUCAACCACUGGAAACAAUUCCUUAUUUUAAUUUACACAAUUUCAGAAGUCUUCUGAAAUCUUUCAAUACAGUUUUAGGCUACUGUAGUGAAAAAUUGACGCGAUGAAAUGGCUCAGGAAUGACAAAUCGGCCUUUUAAACCAUUGGUGGAGACGUCAGAAAUAUCGAUUCGGUAAACGUCGCGGAUGGACAUGGAUAAUGCCCACCUACUCAAUGGGCCGGAGGGUCUGGUGGAUAAUAAUUCACAAUUGACAGGCACAGGCUUUACUUCUACACCAUCGCAGCAUCUAAGCGAUGUUGGGAGGAUGGUGGAGUACCACAACCUAUCAUGGACAGUUUCAAAGCUUCGCACAGUGGCCAGCAAUUUUAAACAACUCAAACUACUCUUCUAUAGUGGUGAGCCAGGUUGCCCUUCUCAGCUCAGUGUGGCCAUAAGACUGCAGUCCCUGCAGGACUCACUUCAGCAGCUGUCAGAGCGUUACCCAGCUCUUGCUGGGCCUCCUGUCAGCCAUUACUUGUCUGUGCUCUGCCACUCACUGUCAGAUGUGAAGGCUCCAAUCAGAUCAGAGACCAAGCGCUACAGCGAGAUCUUUCGGGACUUUGAUGCCUUUGAGUUGUCUUUAGUUUACUCUACUGUGGAUGAACUGCUGCAGGACCCUGAUUCCCAGUCUCUGCCAGGGACCCCGUCUACAGAUAUGCAGAACUGUGACCCCUCAGAGCUGCAGGAUAGUGUGUGUGACAAUGUCAAUUCCCAAGAGCUGGGCACUGAUGGCUGUGAAAAUGACGGCAGUCUCUCAGCCCAGGAUGCUGACCUGGCCCUCAGCCGCAGUGAGGGCGGAGUGGAGAUCGCUCUCCAGUACGCCAAGAUGUGGUGCCGCUACGCCAAAGACCUCUUGGCCUGGAUGGAGAAGAGAAUCUGCCUGGAGCAAGAGUUUGCCAAGAACAUCCUGAAGGUGGCCGAGGCGGCCAAGUCCUGUGUCUCCCAGCAGGACAUGAUGCCCCUCCAGUAUAUUUACACCAUGGCCCUGGAGCAGGAUGUGAAAAACAGCAACUGUGCCAGACAUACAGCAGACCUGCUGCAGCAGCGCUGCUACCAGGCCCUGGUUGCUAAGAAAAAUGAGAUUGACAAGUGGCGCAGGGAGUUCAAGGAGCAGUGGUCCAGAGAACAGAGGAGGAUGAACGAGGCGGUAGCGUCUCUGAAGAAGGCUCGCCAGCUGUACGUGCAGCGCUCGGAGGACCUGGAGAAGGCCAAGGCCGUGACGGCCAAGGCCGUGGAUGACACCGCUGGUCACAAGACCUUGGACAAGAGGAGGAAGUCCAGGGACGAUGCCAAGGGCAAGGUGACCGAGGCAGAGCUGGUAUACAAGCAGUGUGUGAGUGAAGCCAAUAGUCACCAGGAGGAGCUGGAGAAGGUCAAGGAGAGGAUAAUCGUUCACACGCGCAAGCUGAUCUGCCAGGGGGACACCGUGUUGAAAGAGGCCACAGUCAACAUGUUCUUCUACCAGCGGCAGCAGACUGAAUCUAUCCCUCUGGGCUACCAUAACCUGGAGCUGACAUGCAGGCCAUGCGAACCCGGCGAGCCCUACCUGCUUUACAUCCUGGCAAGACGCCGGCACGAGCCGCCCCAUCAGGCCUUCACCUUCCAGGAGUUUAUCCCCCAGGGAAAGAGUUGCGGUCGUCGCAAAGCCAGCAGCACCCUCAACUCGAUCCAGGAUUCAUAUGCUCUGCCAGAGGACUGCUCGGGGAAACGACCCAACGAUGGACGGAGAGCGGGUUACAGUGACAGUGAGAGCAUGGGAGGGAGCAUGGAAUCCCUGUCGAGUCCAGCCCAUGGGAACAGAAGACUUCCCAAAGCCCCGUCCGUUGGGACCAUGUCAUCAGACGACCUCGAUGAGAGGGACAUGGGGACAGUCUUGGAAUCAGAGUGUCCGGACUCCAUGCCCGAGGGGAACGGGGCGGUGUGCAAGGUGCGCACGACCUCCCGCGCCGCCUUGACGCACCACCUCAGGAAGAUGAAGAGCAAGAUGGUGAAGUGCAAACAGUGCGAGAACUACAUCGUGGUGAACGGGAUCGAGUGUGAGGAGUGUGGCCUGGCAGUCCACAGGAAGUGCCUGGAUGUGUGUCAGCUGGAGUGUGAGUACAGGAAGGGGAUCCUGUUCGGGGUGGGCUUCUCCCUGCUGCCCCGGGACAGACCCGACGAGGUGCCCUUCGUGGUGCCGCUCUGCACAGCCGAGAUAGAGAGGCGAGCCCUAACGGUGCAGGGGGUGUAUCGGGUCAGCGGCUCCAAGCCCCGUAUCCAGAAGCUGUGCCAGGCCUUAGAGGCUCAGAGGGAGCAGGUGGACCUUUCGGGCAUCUCACCGCACGACAUCACCUCAGUCCUCAAGCAUUUCUUUAAGGAGCUUCCCGAACCACUGUUGACCUUUGACCUGUACAAUGACUUCAUCACCGUGGGAAAGAAGAUCCAGCAUUUGACUGAGAGGCCACACACUGAAGAUAAUGAUGGGAUAGUGGAGGCUAUCAUUCAGAGCCUGAAAGAGUUGCUGGACAGACUGCCUCCAUACCGUUACUACACUCUGCAGCACAUGAUGAUUCACCUCCACCGGGUUUCAGAAAGCUAUGAGGAGAACAAGAUGUCUCCAGGGAACUUAGGCAUCGUGUUUGGCCCAACCCUGCUGCGCCCCCUAGUGUCAGUGGAUGUGUCUAUGAUAGCCCUCCUGGAGACCACCUACCAAGCACUUCUGGUGGAGUUCCUCAUCACACACCACCAACAAAUCUUUGGUCCUCCCCAGAGGUUGUGCACCCCCCCUCCACCUCCUCCCACUGCCCCUCUUCCAGACACCCCUCCCCGGGCCUCCUGUCCCCUGGCGGAGGAGGCCUCCUCCCCUGCCCCCCAGGCGCCUGAAGCCUCCACCAGAGAACGGCCGCGCUCCUUGGAGACUCGAACAAUCAAGAGAGACUCAAGCGAGGGUUAUAUAUCUGACAAGUCAUCAUCCAAUGAGGCAGUGGACCAGCUCAGCCCUGAGACCAAUGAGAGAGCAGUCUUGGCUCUGAGGGGGGCUACAGCUGCUCCUUUAGCAGAUUCGCUGGCUGAGACAGACCCUCCCGUUGGAACACCCCCCCGGUGCAACUUAAGCAGGCAGACAGCCAGGUACCAGCGACAGGCCACCCCAGCAGCCCAGCGACACAGCUCUGGCCUUCGGACAGGCCUGCCUGGGGAGGAGGUGCUAGCAGAGGCCACAGACAGGACCCAGACUGGUAGUGCAUACAGCAGCAGCAGCAGCUCCUCCCCAGAGCCAGGGGCCCUGAGCCAGGCCCAGCUCGUAGGCACUGCCCUGGAGCCACCCUGCCCUCCCAGUCAUGCUGGACAUGGCUCUGAGAAGCAGCCGGGCAUUCAGACACGCCUCUGGGAGGUCGCACAGGGAAGGCUGGGGUUAGGUGCAGCAUCUGUGACAUCAACAGCCGCAACCGCAACAAUGACCAAUGCAAAGCUGAGCUUCACUCGGCAGGAGGGACUUGAGAGUCAAGCCGCAUCCCUGACUGAUCGGAACACCAAUCAAUCCAACAACAGGCUGAGAGUUUGCGAGAGGCAGCCACUAAGGCAGUCCUUGCAGAGAACUCCUGCAGAGCAGAGCCUUACUGGACCUGCCCAGAAAAUCCUGUCUGGGUUGAAGCUGAGGCGCAACGAUACUGGGAAUGAUGAGCCCAUCCAUUUUGUCUAAUGAGGAUUGGAACCAAUAACCUACUUUGGAAGAAAUGUCUGCGCACAUAUAAAAAAACACUCAGAGAUACAAUAAAAUACGCUCAGGGGUACAAUAAAGCAGUCUUUAGUUUUGUAACACUGACAUACUCACACCAAACACCAUAGACCUAGAAAGUUACAUCAAUUAAAUGCUUACUUAUUUAAACAACUUGUGUGAACUGAAGUUGUUUCAAUUAGCAGAUUGUUCCUGAGCCUAAAAAUAGCAGUGACAUGGUCUAUCACUCUUGAAUGACUAAGACCCAUAUCUUUAUUCUUGUCAAUGGCUAAGUUACCCAUUUUUUACAGUUUUGAAAUGAAGACCAGCUUUCAAACACAGACAGAUUAGUUGUGGGUCAAAUAGGCCUAUGCUAUGUGUACAGGAUUUGAUCAGAUUGAUUACAAAAUAUUUAGACAUAGAUGAUAGACUAAAUGUUUAGUGGCUUGGUGGCCACAUCUGUCUGUAAAUUCCAGAAUUAACAACCACAGGUGUUACAAAAUGAAAACAAGUCUCAUGUAAACAGCUAUAUAUGUUCAUAUUGGGUUCCAAAGGCAGCUGAUUAUACAAUGCUGGACUAUUUCUAUUAAUAAACAAAAAACAUGUACUCUUA